GCUUUUACUGUUAUUUCUCCUUGAAGAAUAAGAUGGCAGCACAUAUUACACGUGGGUCAAUUUGCGAAGAUGGAGUUACGUCCGUUUAGUGAAUAGUCAUAGCAUCGUAGAAAGUGGCAAGUGACGUGAUUGUAGAUUAUUAACAAAGGAAGUAAUGAGAAAAUGAUUCGUUGUAUGCAGUUAAUAUGCAUUCAGUUUAAAUACAGGCAACCUAUUGAGUGAAAUAUUCUGAUAAUGGAAGCAGAUUAUCAACCAAAAUUUAGUCCAUCUCGAGCUUUGACAGCCACUCAUAAUGAUCAUGAGGAUCCAUAUCCCAGUUUGUCUGACUACCAUGACUACGAACCUAAUUUGGAAUUUGAUGAUACAGAACUUCAACAUGCAACGGUCACCAGUGAUAUGGAAGAGAAAAUUGAAGCUAGUGGUCUGGAUUACCUUGAGUCUCCUGUAUCAGAUGGCACAAUUGAAGAGAACUUUGAGGAGGAGUUGGUUAAUGCUCCGGUAAUUGCCACAGGGGUUGAUAGUCUAUCUUACGCUUUUAUGGAUGAUGAAACAGAGGAAGAUUUCUCAGAAGUUGCCAAAUAUGGAAUUGUGGAAGUUGUGGGAGAUGACACAUAUGGUCGUAAAGUGAUUGUUGUUUCAGCUUGUAAGCUGCCUGGGAACAAAGAAUUGGAUCAUGCACUUUUAUUAAGGUACUUGAUGUAUACAUUGGAUAAGUUUGUUGAGGAAGACUACAGCCUUGUAUACUUUCAUUAUGGCCUGACAAGCAAGAACAAGCCUCCAUUAUCCUGGCUAUGGCAAGCAUACCGAGCAUUUGAUCGCAAGUACAAGAAGAAUCUUAAAGCAUUGUAUCUAGUCCAUCCAACCAAUUUUAUAAGAGUGAUAUGGCAAAUCUUCAGAGCAGCCAUCAGCGCAAAAUUUGGUCGAAAGGUUAUGUAUGUCAAUUAUCUUCAUGAAUUGAAACAACAUCUUCACUUAGAUCAGAUCAGCAUACCACAGCCUGUUCUGGAGCAUGACGAGCGACUGUUACAGAAAAACAGCCGAGUGGUACAACCACCAUCAGCACCUCAACAAAAUGCCAAAUUUCACACUCCUCUACAAACACAGCAGUUUGGUGUAUCACUUCAGUUUAUUAAAGAUAACAAUAAUGGGGAAGUGAUUCCACCAGUAGUAAGACAGUGUGUGGAAUUUCUGAGUCAGCCAGAUGCUCUGGAAACAGAGGGCUUGUUUCGGAGAUCAGCUAGUGUCCAGCUUGUGAAAGACCUGCAGUCAAAAUAUAAUCAGGGUCAAACAGUGGACUUUCAUGGUGAUGUUCAUCUUGCAGCUGUUCUUCUGAAGACGUUCUUACGUGAGCUAGAGGAACCACUUAUGACCUUUGACCUUUAUGAUGAAAUAACACAAUUUCAAAGUAUGUCAAAAGAAGAGCGACCACGUCAAGUUAAGAUAUUAAUAUUAGAAAAGCUUCCAGAAGAUAAUUACCAGAUUUUGAAAUAUAUUGUACAGUUUCUUUCAAAGGUAAUGGACCGAAGUGAUUUGAACAAAAUGACUUCAUCCAACCUUGCUGUUGUAUUUGGUCCUAAUCUGGUAUGGGCACAAACUGGUCAACUUUCAUUAUCUGCCAUUGGCCCUAUUAAUAUGUUCACUGACUUUGUUUUAACACAUCAGGACCAGAUCUUUAUCAUUUAACUGGUUGAUGAAGGUGACAUCAUGCAAUAUCAUGGACAUAAUGGCUUCACAUUGCUGACAGGAAUUUUUACAACUGUGGACAACUUCAGUCAGGAAGAUACUGACAGUAUUAUUUGGCUAAAAUAUUGAAUAGGUUUGUUCUGCAUUGUCAUAUCUGACUGGCAUUCAGGAGGCACAUCUUGGUUGUGACUGAUUAAUCUGAAUGUUCUCUAUUUUGCAUCUGCUCCCUAUUUGCAUUGUCUUCAGGCAGGUCUGUGGCAGUUCCACAGAAUAGAUUGUGAUAUUACAUAAUUCUCAAAAUGAAUACAUCACCAUUAGAUUCUCUAUGCAACAAUCACAUUUAGCUGCCAUAACUACUAGAGACAUUUUUUCUAAUCUGAUCAUGAUGGAAUCAUUCUCCACACAAUAUGCAUUUUCCUGUGGAUGAAUGGUACAUAAAUAAAGAAUUCAGACACAAUUUUUUUUUCUAAAUUUUUGUACUUCCGUCUAUUACUAUCCAUUACGUGCACAGUCAGGAAAGCAAGUGAAAUUUGGCCUGUAUGUAAAAUUAAAACCUAAACAAAUUGUUUUUGAGUUUCAUUUUCAAUAUAGUAUAUUAUAAUUCUGAUUUCACAUUUAUUUUCAUGUAUAAAAUUCACUUAAUUUUUUUGACUGCAAGAAUUAUGACAGUCUUUUUUGUAAAAUUAACCGUUUUAGGUUUGUAAUUUACAGCACAUCAGGAGAUAUGAUUUCAUCCAUACAAAUAUUGGAAUAUUAAUAGCAGUUAUGCAAGAAUUACAAGUCCUUAAAUUCAUUAAUUAGUAACAACAGUUGCUUGUUUAAGACUAGUACACAAAUGGAAUACAUAUCUUCCAUUUUCACUGGUCAUAUUUUAAUUAAAAUCUGAAGAGUAAUAUUAAACAUGUAGCAGUUACAGCUUGCAUGUAGGAAGACAUUAUCUUGCAUGCAAUGUUAAAAUUAUCAGUGUUAGGUCAGCUUAGACGUCAAUAACGUUAUGAUUGUUUGAUUACUCAGUUAAGAAGCUUAAUAAUUUGAAAAGUUGUAAAACUCAACAGAGAAUAAUUUCUAGUAUACAUGCUGUGGUAAUAUUUGUUUCCACAUUUAUUAUCAUAAAUUAUUUGCAUCCCUUUGAAGACCAUUUUUUUUCAAUACUGGUAUGGAAUCUGCUACAUAUUCAAAAUUAUUUAGUGUUUAUGACAACACUGACCAUGCACAUUCAUCAGUAUGACUGCAUUUGCCUUCCUUAUUCUGAUUAUCUUUGACUGAAUAUGUUAUGAUGUAAUUAAGUGCUUACCGUGACUUACUAUACUAUUAUACAUAAACUGGCUAUGGUAGUCCAUAGCAUCAGCCUCAUUUCUGUUUUGUAUUACUGCUAGUGGAACUGCAUUAAAAGUUUAAAUACACUGAAUGCAUAGUACUGCUGAUGAUAUAACAUGUUUAUUCUAGUAAGAUAUCUUCUCAAAACAUGAAUUGCAUAUGACCCUUGAUAUUUCAAGUGGUAAGUAUGAAAAGAUACUCAAAUUAUCUGGAUAGAGACAGUACUGCUUUAAUUCACAUGAAGUACAAGUGGAGGUAAAGUAUUGCAGACUUUUUUAAUAAAAAAAUUUAAGUGUAUUUUUUUUUAUUUUCUACUUAUUGUUUGUAUCUAUAGUAGGUGACCUGGGACAUUUCACUGUAUUUUGCAAUAGUAGUAAUAUAACAAUUUGGAUAUACUCCUAGCAGGUCAUUAGAACUUGUUAUUAAUAUUUUCAUUUGUUUUAAACUUAUUAUAAUAAAUCAGUAAACAGAAAUUAAUAUAAUAAUAAUAAUAAUCAUUAUGAUCUUUGAUUCAUUCAAAAUGGAUUGCAAAGGCAGUAUACAGGUAGGUCUGCAAUGAGGUGGGGAGUUACAGCAAACUAGUCACAGGACUACAGUAUACUGCAUUGUUCUUGUAUAAUGUAUUGCUCUUCAUAUAUUCUUAUGAUUCACUAGUAUCAUAACUUCUGUCAUGUAUCCAUAGUUUGUCUGUGUCUCAAAGGUGACAAUCACCAUCAUUCUGUCAGUGGCUGUGAAAAAGGAUUUCAACAUAGCAAUUAUAAUUUGGUGUAGAGGGUAGGUAGUAUGUGGGGUAUGAAGUUUAAUAUGUCAUGAAAAUGGAAGACCACAAAAUAUUGCUUUUUGAACAUUGUUUUCAGCUUGUACUGAGUUAGUUUGACCGGAUUUUGAAAAUAAUAAAAUGCCACUCACUUAUUAAACUAUGUGCAAGUUGUUAUUUGUUUUAGUUUCAUUGUAUGCAUUUCAUAAUAACAUUAAAGAAACCCAUUUUUGUUAUUUCACAUAUACUUUUCAAUCAUGUAAUAGUAAUAUUAGACUGACUGGCUUAAAAUGGUUGUGAUGCAGUAGUACUUUGCAAUGAAAGAAUAUUUUUGAAUUCAGAACUCUCAUGAUUUAAUUGACUAGAUUUCUGAUAACAUUUCCUAUCAUAAUAAGUGUUUCAUUCAGAAAAAAUAAAUCAUUACUUAUGGGACAACUGAUGUCUAUUGUUUGUCAGAAUAUGACAUUUAAAAAGGGGUAAAGGCAGAAUCUCAAUAAAUGUAGGAUGUCUGGUUACACUUGUCAAAUACAAUAAUUUUGAAACUAUUGCUUUCAUACUUGGUGAUAACUGCUGAAUCUUCUGUAUUAAGAAUAAAAAUAAUGGGAACUGCUGAAAGUUAUUUCUUAUCCAGAGUUUCUGUUCCAGCUGAAUAAUAUAAUGUCCUGCUGAUUCUACUCCACUAGAAAACAAUAUAGAAAUAAUUUUGUUUUUUAAUGUACAUUAUUUAAUUUCCUGAACUGAAGAUAUUUUGGUUUUCAUCAUGUUCUUUAAAGGAAUUGGUGAAACAUCAAUUCAUUCUGUUGCAAUGGCAAGACUUGUUCUGCAAAAACCAGUGUACUGCAAUCAUUGUAUGUUUACAGAUUUAUUUGUGCAUAUAGAAUAAUAUUAGGCAUGUAAUUAUAUUUCUUUUCAAUGUAAUGAAUGUCUUCAGUCAAAUUUGCUUUACUAUGAACAUAUUAUGUGAACAGUUUCAUUCCAUUUUUAUGUUAAUAUUUUUGUUGCUAUCUAUUUUAAAUAAAUUGUAAAUUAACUGAAUAA